ACCGAAAAACUAUGUUUGCCGAUGUUAAUGUGGAUGUAUUUAUUAGUAAUUACACGAUAAUAGAUCCGGAAAUCUAUCAACUAUGGGUAGAAGGUUACACGUUCGUGGAAGCGGUCCAAUUGCUGAAACAGAAAGGUGGCAUCUUUGCUGACGUUCCACCGGAACUAAUCGCAUCGGACGUGCAGGACCACUAUCGUACGUACGCCAUGCUGGAAAAGUUUCUCCACUCGCCACCGAAGCUGUCGGAGCAGCCAACGUUUCAGAUAUGUCCACAGGACCGUUCGCUGCUAAUUGAGCAUUACUACUCGCUUGACGAUACGGUCGCACGGGAGCUAUUCGGCAAGAAGCUCAAUGCACGCAACCGUAAAGAUCUGGAUGAGGUGGCCGACAAAACGGGCGUACGGUUAAAAUCCUGCCGGCGACAGUUUGACAAUGUGAAGCGAAUAUUUAAAGCCGUCGAGGAAACGCAAGGAAAUUUGGCGAACAAUAUUCGUCAACAGUUUGUACUGCCGGAGGAGCUGGCACAAAAGUAUGCGGCCGUUGUGUUUAUUGCUUGUUUACGCUUCGAAACGACCAAACGGAAGCUGCAAUAUUUGAACUUUAAGGAUUUCUACGAAUGUGCACAGGCCUUGAUGACCUUCUGGACGUAUACGUAUCAGCAUUCGGGUGCCGAUUAUUUGGACACCGAAAUGGAUAAAGAGUUUCUGUUGGACCUUCGCGAGAUACGGUAUCUGUUGGAUAAAGAGAAGGAAAUUAAGCAUUUAGUAUCGAUGCGGCUGAAACCCACCUUGCUGGAACGUGCGUACCAGGAGGUGGAGAACAAUUUUCGCUCCUAUUAUCGGGCCAUCAUCAUGAUAGCGUGCAAUUUGCAUCGAACGAGAGAGCUAAGGAUGCUGUUUGUGGAGAUGACGGAACGGUUGAUUGAACCGUGGAAGCAAAACGGUUGGACCCGGGAUCAUGUGCAGAUGUUCAUGCAGUGUAUGACACAGUGCGUGCUAGAUUUGGAGGUACCGCGAGACAAUCAGGACAUCAGGUGCCUGUGGGAUCGGUACAUGCAGGUCAUAAAUGUGUGUCUGUUUCGUAUGUACCAUUCGUAA